CCAUUGUACGACUCGCAGACCUGUACCCUUUUCGGGACGACUCCGCGCCGACACGAGAGUUCCUGCAGCGCGUGUUCGACAUCCUGUGGGCCUACGUGGACCAGCAGCAAGACCGCUCGAGCAAGAUACUCGACUUCCACAUGCCCGAGGAGCUGAUGCAAAUCUUGGACCUCGAGCUGCCCGACGAGCCGCAGCCGCUGCAGCGCGUGCUGGGGGACUGCGCCGAAGCACUCAAACACCAAGUGCGCACAGGCCACCCACAUUUCUUCAACCAGCUAUCAAGUGGCCUGGACAUUGUCUCCCUGGCCGGCGAGUGGCUCAGCGCAACAGCCAACACUAACAUGUUCACGUACGAGAUCGCUCCCGUGUUCAUACUGAUGGAGAACGUGGUGAUGAAGAAGAUGCGAGAUCUCAUAGGCUACACCAACGGCGACAGCAUCCUGGCACCCGGCGGCUCCGUGUCCAACUUGUACGCUGUGAUGGCGGCGCGGCACAAGAUGUUCCCCAGCUAUAAGACCUUGGGCCUCAAGGCACUGCCGCAACUCGUCAUGUACACCUCAGAAGACAGCCACUACUCAGUGAAGGGUGCUGGUGCAUCCAUUGGCCUCGGCACAGACAACGUGGUUUCCAUACCCGUCGACAAGUGCGGACGCAUGAAGGUGGACGUGCUGGAGAAGGAGAUCCAGGCGUCCAAGGCCCGCGGUCACGUGCCUUUCUUUGUCAACUGCACUGCCGGCUCGACGGUGAUCGGCGCCUUCGACCCUAUUCACCCGAUCGCCGACAUCUGCCAGCGGCACGGGCUUUGGCUUCACGUGGACGCUGCCUGGGGUGGAGGUUGCCUCCUCUCUAAAAAACACCGCCACCUUUUGGACGGCGUUGAACGAUCCGACUCGGUGACAUGGAACCCUCACAAGCUGAUGGGAACGCACUUACAGUGCUCCACGAUACAUCUUAAAGAGGACGGCCUGCUUCUCAGCUGCAACCAGAUGUGCGCCGAGUACCUGUUCCAACAGGACAAGCAUUACGACGUGUCCUACGACACAGGCGAUAAGGUGCCCCAGUGCGGACGCCACAACGACAUCUUCAAGCUGUGGCUCAUGUGGAGGGCCAAGGGGACAGUGGGUUUCGAACGACAAAUAGACCACCUUUUUGACAUGUCCAACUACCUCGUGCAAAAGAUCAAGGAUAGGCCAGACACUGUUCCAUCUACUAUUGGAGCCGGAGCUAGUGAAUGUGUGCUUCUGGUACAUUCCUAAGAGGCUUCGCGGAAAGCCCCACAGCAAGGAGAAGGAGCAAGAGCUGGGAGUGGUGACAGCGCAGCUGAAGGCGCGGAUGAUGAACACCGGAACGCUUAUGAUCACCUACCAGCCAAUAUGGGACAAACCGAACUUCUUCAGGAACAUCGUCUCCAACGCAGGCGUGCGACGGGAAGACAUCGACUUCCUCGUCGACGAGCUAGACCGCCUAGGUCACGAUCUGUAGGACCUCCGUCUUCCCCAUGGCCUCCGCCGUUACGGAACCUAAAGGUCACGUGGGUUAGCAGACAUGGUAAGUCGACCCGAUGGGAAACACCCGUGCCGA